UCUUUCUAUUGAGCACUAAUUUUUUCAGUGUUUGGCUGUGAAUUGUGGCGAAGAUUUAUAAAAACGUUCAAACAUGGAUCGCAAAGCGGAGCUAGAGCGUAAAAAGGCCAAACUGCAGGCUCUCCGGGAGGAGAAAGAUCGACGGCGGAAGGAAAAGGAGCAGAAAGACCUGGAGGAAGCAACGGGAAAAAUGGGCACCACCGAAACUAACCCAAGAAAGGAUUUGGAUGAAAUGCUCUCGUCACUUGGUGUUGCCCCCGUAUCGGAAGUUCUUUCAUCAUUGUCAUCGGUGAAUUCCGCCACAUCGGACCAUUCUGCAACACUCACUCCCGAUACCAGUCUGCAACCCAGCACGGACGGACAGAAAAAGAAGGCGGUCAACCUGAGCCUGGUGUCCGUGCAAGCUACCAACAUUCCGCCGAAAGAGACGGUUGUUUACACCAAGCAGACACAAACUAACAGUACCGGCGGUCAUGAGCGUGACGGUAAUUUUUUCUUGCCAUUCCUCACCUCUAUCAGGAUAUAUGGAGGAUUGGUGGAGACCGCGCAAAG